AUGCUUUCUACUCCGUGUAACCAUUUCUCCAGUGGCUACACAUUAUUAAAGCUUCCUGUGCCCUUUAUCUUUUCUUUGAGUGCUUACCUCUUUUCCCUUAACCUCUUACUUUAUCUUCUCUUACUUAAUUGCAUUAUAUCUUUUCCCUCUAUUCCGUUUCUCCCUUCCCCUUUAUUGCUCUCUACUAUCUCUCUUUUUACCAAUUCAUCUUGUUUUCUGUCAUUCGAUUUAUAUCUUUGUGAGAUAUCCAUAUUCUUCGUUGCUGCCUCCACCAUCAAGACUACUACUCCUCCUCCUCCUGUUUGCAAAGCAGCUCCCAAUCCCAACGCACUUUUAACUCUUUCCUUUCGCUGUCGCUUGCAGUACACACCGCAAGCUAUCCUUGAUUUCGUUUACUCCUCCUGCCGUUCUAAACAUCAGGUUUUCCUUAAUUUUUCUUUAUCGCGUUUCUCAAGUCGCAUUCAUCUUUGUGCUUCCGUCUUCUCUAUCCCCCCUCUUUCUCUCUCUUUACUCUCUUCCAUGCUCGCUCUCUUUCUCUCUUUUCCCUCCUCCUUUCAUCACGAUGAUGAUGACGAUCUAUCUAUCUAUUUAUCUAUCUAA